AACCUGCAGUGGGAGAGAGAGAGAGAGAGAGUGCACCAUUCCUCAAAGGUGACUGUGCCAUGUGACUUCAAGAGCUUUUAAAAGCAGGCCAACCUGUACAAGAGUUAGGUGCAAGUAAUCACAAGGCAGCAGAGGAGUCGGAGGAGGAGAAUACCUGGGCUGUCGGCACAGCAGCGCAACACCGACAGCCCCACAAAAACAAACACCCAGGGAGCAGUGGCAGGCUGCACACGCACCUCUGACUUGUCCGUCCGUCUCUGAUAUCGACAGAAUGAGCUGCAGCAGUGUUGAAGCAUCAGAGUUCUCUGAGGAGGAGCUGGAGCUUGGAAUUCUGGGAGAAGAGGAGGACGACGGGAGUCACAAGGCCUCUUACGAAGACAGCGAGAGCUCAGCCAGCAGCCCGAGUGACCUGGAGGAGGGCCAGACCAAGAAGCGCAAUCGACCGGUGCGUUCAAAAGCUCGGAGGAUGGCAGCCAACGUGCGCGAGCGAAAGCGCAUCAUGGACUACAACCAGGCCUUCAAUGCCCUGCGUGUCGCCCUGAACCAUGACCUCAGCGGCAAGCGGCUGUCCAAGAUCGCCACGCUGCAGAGGGCCAUCAACCGCAUCUCCGCGCUCUCGGUGUUCCUGAACUCCAACCCCCCCGGCAAGGCCUGCAGCCACCGGGAGUGCAACCGGGCCACCGCGGGGGCAGCUGUCACGGGAGCACCUCGCCCGGACCAGACCCGGGUAUCCGUUCCGCGCCUCGAGCAUCAGAGUUACAUCCCCUGGCACACGUCCCUCUCUCACCAGAUGCAGCCACAACAAGGGCCCCACGUGCACAGGCUGCCCGCGGAGCCACAUGUCUACAUUGACAACAUGGUGUCAUCGUGCCCUCCGUCACCCCACUAUCCCUGUUACCCCACCGAGGGACAGCUUUACGCCUCGCAUGGACACUGCAGCAGCCCCCACCACCACCCGCCCAGCCCUCUGGGGUACCCUCAGGUGGGCGAGGGGUUGGGGUACCAGCCGGGGAUGUGGGCCUCCUGCACGCAGGGAUAUGUGGACACUUUUGUGGAGCCGCCUCCCGCGCUGGGGCUUCCAUGGCAGGUGAGCUACAAGUCAGAGUCGGAGCACAGCCUGCCUCUGUGCUCUGACAUACUGUAACAGGUACAUCCAUCCACCCCCCCCCCCCCUGUGCGCCCUGACGACUGCUGACGACACCAGUGGUGGUCUGUGACACCAUCUCAGGGAGAAACGUGACAUGACGUUUUUGUGUUUUCUGCUGUUGCAAUCAACUCCGUAUAGUAGGAACAAUGUUACUGACAGGCAUACAUAAAAGUUCAAUGGCAAUCGAGACUGCAGAAUGUUGUAAAUACUAACAAAUGUAUUUUUGACCUUGCAUUUCAAAAUGGUUAACUCCAAGAAUGUUGUACAAUCUGCUGUUCUAGUUGUUAAAGCUGCAAUAUUGCUGAAUUACUGUACAUUAUUUGACUAAAUGUGUGCAACCAUGAAAUGCAUAAGCCGACUGGUCGACAAGGACAGCCUGCAUUUGCUGUGGUAUACUGUUACUGUUCCUACGCAAUAUUUUCAAGCAGUGGAAAGUGGAUCCUACAGAAAUGUGAUUCCGAUUAGAGCCCAAAGCUCAACAUUUGUAAAUGUAUUUAUUCUCUGUGUGGAAUAUAAAGUCUCUGUGGGUCUGUUGACCCAGUGUUUGUAAAAUUGUAAAGAGCUUGUACAUCGUUUUCUAAACUUCAGAAUUAAAUGUUAAAAUGAGA